AUGGCUGCCGCAGGAUUGCUUGUCUCGACCGUAGAAAAACUGAGUCUGACUGCUAGCAAAUUCAAAAAUUAUGCUCUGAUCGUCAAAGGCUACCGAUCGAGAUUGAAGGCCACUGAGCAGAGUUAUAAGAAUUGGAAACAAAAGUGGAAUCGCGAGCAUGGAGUACUACUCCCAAACGAGGAACUGGAAUACGUCCUGGGUGCCCAGCAUCUUAGAGAUCGUGCCUCAAAUCUCGAGCUUCUCCGUUACAGAAACAUCAAAGUGGCGACAGCAAUCUCGAAGAACGAGGAGCCAGACAUAAAUGAUGGGUCGUACAGUGUUACGGAGGACGACGACCAGAGCUCCUCGGAGCAUCGACGCAAGAAACGGCGAGCAGUCAGCAGUGAAGGCCCGAUGAAGGAGGACUGGGAGACCUGGGAUGUUGCCUGCACGACCGCCAGCAUGGUCAGUCGUUCUGUUGCAAGGAAGAUCAUCGGCGUGCUGUGGCGGAGCGAGCACCUUUCACAAUCACUGACCGAGCUCGAAAGAGCCAUGAACACACUGGACACACUCUCGAGUGGUGCACUAGAGGAGUUGAGGGCCAAGCUAGACCUAACUUCUACCAUAUCGCCUGGAGAGCAAGUGCAUGCCAUAUGGUCUAUGCGAAACCAUAGGGAGAAGUUCUCGUCCAUACUCACCCGGUUGCAUCAAGAAGUCACCUGGACAUCACCAGGCUAUGGCGUUGUACUGAGUGAGCCACAAGGUGACGAUUGGUUAGACUUGAAGUGUCUGGAACACGAGCGUGUCUUGGCCACCGAUCUGCUAACAGCCCAACCACCUUGUUCCGACUCGCCAAUCUCCCAACGAGUGCGAGUUCCGUAUCCCCUCCAAGCACGUGCAUACGUUAACGAAGCAGCUUUGCAUAUCAACGAGAUUCUAAAUGGUGCGCUUGGAGGACCUUCGGUCUCUGCACGAGAAGAACGCAGCUCGUGA